AUCUCGAUCUUCUGAAUCAGGUUAACACCGACUGGAAUCUUAUACUGAAGCACAUUGACAUACAGGCACAAGAUACAGAGAACAUGAUCACUAAAGAGUUUCACAAACUCCAGCAUUUCCUACAGCAAGAGCAGGAGAAGAGGAUCGCUGCAGUGAAAGAGGAGGCAGAACAGAAGCGCUUUAUGAUGAAGGAGAGGAUUGAGGCUCUGAGCAAAGAGAUCGAAUCCCUGUCUGAUGUAGUCAGAGCCACAGAGGAGCAACUAAGAGCCACAGACAUCUCAUUGCUCAAAAAAUACCCGGCUACAACGAAAAGAGUUCAAAAUCAAUGUCUGCAGCAGGAGCCAAAACUGUCGUUUGGCGUUUUGGUAGAUAAGGCAAAGCAUUUGGGCAACCUGGCCUACAAGGUAUGGAACAAAAUGAAAAACAUGGUCACUUACACUCCGGUGAUUCUUGACCCAAACACUGCUGAGCCUCAUCUUGUAAUAGGUGCUGAUCUGAGGACUGUACUAUACAGAACAACAGAAACGGCGCUUGUGAAAAACCCAGAGAGGUUUGAUAGAUUCAUCACAGUCCUGGGAUCUGAUGGUUUUACCUCUGGGAAGCACAGCUGGGAGGUUGAAGUUAGACACGACGUAAACUGGGCAGUGGGCGUGGUAAAAGCAACCAGCCGAAGGAAGGGAGAGACACUGACAGAUUUCUGGGAAAUAUGGUUCGAGGACAAUAAAUACAGGGCGUUCGCUCCGUCACAUACAGACAGAGUUUUGACUCUACGGCAACACAUACAGAUCAUCAGGGUGACACUGGACUGGGACAGAGGGAAGCUGAUCUUCUCAGACCCACUUACAAAUACCACCAUCUAUACAUUCUCACACAGGUUCACUGAGGCACUGCUUCCAUUCAUUAACACUGACAGUGAGACGCCAUUGAGAAUAUUACCGGUGAAAAUCAACGUUCAGUUGGACUCGUAGAAAACUGAUAUGCUGAGAUCUUUUAUAUGCUGAGUUGUUGAGCACUUCAACCUCAGGCUCGUGGACAAGACGUGGUACUGUGAGAUUGGAUGCAAUGAUUGUAUAUAGACCAGAUAUGUCGCUGUUUUUUCAAAACAUUUGAGGUGCACACGGCAAAUCAGCUACUGUAGUAUUUUUAAUAGAAGACAGUACAUAGGCAAAGGGAGUACUGGUAAAUCAAUUUAAAAAAUAAAUAAUAAUAAUCUGGAUGGUAAGCAGUAAGACCAAUGUAGUAACCAUGUAAGUAUUGAAUCAUGUUGUGCCAUAUACAACUACAUGUAUUUAAUCAAAGUUGUGCUUAAAUUUGUGAU